GGGUGGGGUCUGAGGGAUUCUCUUCGAGAGGGGCAGUCCUCUGAGCCGCGGGGCAAGGGGGAAGGCUCCGGGCGAAAUCUCCGAGAGUGGAAGGUGCGGGUUCGGCCCUACAGGAGGUGGAGUUGAGUGAGUCUUUAAGGGUGCCGCUGAGGCCGCGGCAGCCUGGUCUGGUGGACUAGAAAGGUGGGUGAUUUAUCUGAGGAGAUAGGCUGAAGCGGGCAGGUUGCAGAAGCCAAGCGUUCCGGGCGCAGAUUAGAGAGCCAUUCCAUGAGCUAAGGCUCUUCAGCCAUGACCUCCACCGGCCAAGAUUCUUCUACCAGGCAGCGAAAGACUAGGCACAAUCCCCAGUCUCCUCUUCAGGACUCCAGCGCCACCUUGAAGCGUGGUGGUAAGAAGGGUGCUGUACCCCACUCCAGCCCCAAUCUAGCGGAGGUAAAGAAGAAAGGCAAAAUGAAGAAGCUCAGCCAACCAGCUGAAGAAGACCUAAUCAUGGGGCUUCAAGGGCUGGAUCUGAACCCUGAGACACGAGUACCAGUUGGUACUGGAUUGGUGUUUGAUGAACAACUAAAUGACUUCCACUGCCUUUGGGAUGACAGCUUCCCUGAAAACCCUGAGCGGCUCCAUGCCAUCAAAGAGCAGCUGAUCCUCGAGGGCCUCCUGAGCCGCUGUGUGUCCUUUCAGGCCCGGUUUGCUGAGAAGGAGGAGCUGAUGUUGGUUCACAGCCUGGAAUACAUUGAUCUGAUGGAGACAACCCAAUACAUGAAUGAAGGAGAACUUCGAGUAUUAGCAGGCACCUAUGAUUCAGUUUAUCUGCAUCCGAACUCAUAUUCAUGUGCCUGCCUGGCUACAGGCUCUGUCCUCAGACUGGUAGAUGCAGUCAUGGGGGCUGAGAUUCGGAAUGGCAUGGCCGUUAUCAGGCCUCCUGGACACCAUGCUCAGCACAGUCUUAUGGAUGGGUAUUGCAUGUUCAACCAUCUGGCUGUGGCUGCCCGCUAUGCGCAAAAGAAGCACCGCACUCAGAGGAUUCUCAUCGUGGACUGGGAUGUGCACCAUGGUCAAGGAACACAGUUCACCUUCGACCAGGACCCCAGUGUCCUCUAUUUCUCCAUCCACCGCUAUGAGCAUGGUCGGUUCUGGCCCCAUCUCAAGGCUUCUAACUGGUCCACUACAGGUUUUGGCCAAGGCCAAGGAUAUACCAUCAAUGUACCUUGGAACCAGGUGGGGAUGCGGGAUGCUGACUACAUUGCUGCUUUCCUGCAUAUCCUCCUGCCAGUUGCCUUUGAGUUUCAGCCUCAACUGGUCCUGGUGGCCGCUGGAUUUGAUGCCCUCCAUGGAGACCCCAAGGGAGAGAUGUCUGCCACUCCAGCAGGAUUUGCACACCUAACCCAUUUGCUCAUGGGUUUGGCAGGAGGCAAGUUGAUUCUGUCUUUAGAGGGUGGUUAUAACCUCCAUGCACUGGCUAAGGGGGUCAGUGCUUCACUCCACACCCUUCUUGGAGACCCUUGCCCCAUGUUGGAGUCCCCUGUUGCACCUUGUGCAAGCGCCCAGACUUCCAUCUCCUGCACUCUAGAAGCCCUUGAACCCUUCUGGGAGGUCCUUGAGAAAUCAGUUGAGCCCCAAGAGGAAAAUGAAGUGGAAGGGUACAUGCUAGAAGAGGAAGAGGAGGAACGCCGCUGGGAAACUGCUGCUCUGCCAAUGGAUCCAUGGCCACUGCUCCAGAACCGCACUGGGCUGGUCUAUGAUGAAAGGAUGAUGACCCACUGCAACCUGUGGGACAAUCACCAUCCUGAGACACCUCAGCGCAUCUUACGCAUCAUGUGUCACCUGGAGGAGGUGGGUCUUGCAGCACGCUGUCUCAUCAUACCUGCCCGGCCUGCCACGGAUGCUGAGCUCCUUACGUGCCACAGUGCUGAGUACGUGGAGCGUCUCCGGGCCACAGAAAAGAUGAAAACCCGGGAUCUGCACCGUGAAGGUGCCAACUUUGACUCCAUUUACAUCUGUCCCAGCACCUUUGCCUGCGCACAGCUGGCCACAGGCGCUGCCUGCUGCCUGGUGGAAGCUGUGCUUUCGGGAGAGGUUUUGAAUGGCGUUGCAAUAGUGCGCCCUCCAGGACACCAUGCAGAGCCAGAAGCCGCUUGUGGUUUCUGCUUUUUCAAUUCUGUAGCUGUGGCUGCUCGCCAUGCCCAGGUCAUUGCUGGACGUGCCCUUCGGAUCCUGAUCGUGGACUGGGAUGUUCAUCAUGGUAAUGGAACUCAGCACAUAUUUGAGGAUGACCCCAGUGUAUUAUACGUGUCCCUGCACCGGUAUGACCAUGGCACUUUCUUCCCCAUGGGGGAUGAAGGUGCCAGUAGCCAAGUAGGCCGAGCUGCAGGUACAGGCUUCACUGUCAAUGUGCCCUGGAAUGGGCCCCGCAUGGGUGAUGCUGAUUACCUGGCUUCGUGGCAUCGUCUGGUACUUCCCAUUGCCUAUGAGUUUAACCCAGAACUAGUGCUCAUUUCAGCUGGCUUUGAUGCUGCACAAGGGGACCCACUGGGGGGCUGCCAAGUGACGCCUGAGGGUUAUGCCCACCUUACCCACCUGCUGAUGGGCCUCGCCGGUGGCCAUGUUAUUCUUAUUCUAGAGGGCGGAUACAACUUGGCAUCCAUCUCGGAAUCUAUGGCUGCCUGCACCCAUUCCCUCCUUGGAGACCCACCAUCCCAGCUUACUUCGCUGCGACCUCCACAGCCAGGAGCUCUGGCUUCAAUUAGUGAGGCCAUCCAAGUUCAUCGCAAAUACUGGCGCAGUUUACGGUUGAUGAAGAUGGAAGACAAGGAAGAAUGCUCUAGUUCUAGGCAUGUCAUCAAGAAGCUGCCCCCAACUGCCAGUCCUGUGGCAGCUAAGGAAAUGACCACACCAAAAGGAAAGGUUCCCAAAUUAAGCAUGCAGAAGAUCACAACCGCAUUACCUGCGAAAGAGUCUACUCUAGGCCAGGUUAAAUCAGAGAUGGCCAUGGCAGGGCUUGCUCAGGGCCAGUCCUCAGAACAAGCUGCCAAGGGAACUACACUGGACCUGGCCACCUCAGCGGCUCCUACAGAGGACUUAGCUAAGCAAACCACCUCACAGGAGGCUGUGGGAGGAACUGGGCCAACUCCUCCAGCCUCAUACGCAAGUAAGCCAAGCAGGGCAAGUAAGCCAAGCAGGGAAGCCUCACCUCUGCAGGGAGCCACAGCCCCUCAGCCCCUGGAGUUUGGGUUUCUCAGAACUUUGGAGCUAAGCAGUGAGGCUCAGGAAGCCUAUGACUCCGAGGAGGGCCUGCUAGGAGAAGCAGCUGGAGGUCAGGACAUGAACAGCUUGAUGCUGACACAAGCAUUUGGGGAUUUUAAUGCCCAGGAAGUAUUUUAUGCCGUGACCCCACUACCCUGGUGUCCCCAUUUGAUGGCAGUACGCCCCAUUCCUGCAGCAGGCCUAAAUGUGUUCCAACCUUGUAAGACAUGUGGAACACGCCAGGAGAACUGGGUGUGUCUGACUUGCUAUCAGGUGUACUGCAGUCGCUAUGUCAAUGCCCAUAUGGUCUGCCACCAUGAAGCCUCUGAACACCCAUUGGUCCUCAGCUGUGUUGACCUGUCUACCUGGUGUUAUCUCUGUCAGGCUUAUGUCCACCACGAGGAUCUCCAAGAUGUGAAGAACGCUGCCCACCAGAACAAGUUUGGGGAGGACAUGCCCCACUCACACUAAAUCCCAAACCACACUGCCUGCUUGCCUACCGAGGCCCCAGGCAGAGCAGCUUAGUUCACUGCAGUCUUGGAUGAGGGUGGCCUCACUGUAACCCAUCUUGAAUAACUUUUGCCAGGUGCUUAUUUCAGUGUAAAUCUUUGGCAGAGGACUCUACUGUCCAGGUUUAGAUGUGCCUCUGCCCAUGGCUGGCUUGAGGAGCAGCUCUGUUCUACCCAGAAGGAAAGAGGGACAGCUUAGUAGUCCUAGGAAGGAGCUGAGAUCACAAAGAUGACAUUGAAGGAGACAACUGGCAGUGGUGACAGGCCUGCAUAUUUAAUAAAGUUGAAGUUGUUACAAAACCCG